UUCAGGAUGUCAAUUAUCAGCAGUGGAUCUCAUGUUGUGUUCCUAAAUUCUAAAACAGGAGAACAGAAAUGUGUGCGGCUCCCCCGCAACACGGAUGUCUAUGUAAAGCCACUUUCUUUUCAGGCUGACUCUCUGGUUGGGCAACGCUUUGGACAGAAAUACCAAGUGGUCAAACAUCAGCUGGUAAAAGUUGAGGAAGCCCCUUCAUCAUUGAAUGAACCUUCAGAGCAUUGUGGUAAAACUAAUGAGUUCAUUAAGGAUGACAGUGCAACCCAGAAUUUAUCUCAGAAUGAUAUUGAGGCAAUGAAAGCUAAGGGAAUUACUGGUGACGAGAUUGUGAGGAAUUUAGUUGAAAACAGUACUUCAUUUAAUGUUAAAACUGAGUUCUCCAAAGCUAAAUGGCUUAAAAAGAAGAUAGGUAAAUAUCAGCCCAAUAUCAUAGUCAAGAAACCUUCUAUUCGCUUGUUUUCAUCAUCUAAUAUAAGCAAGCUAAGACCUGAUAUUUUGGCUAAAAUCAUGAACAAUGCCAAUGUUUGGUCAGCUUCAAAAGCCAUAGUGGUGGAAUGUAAAGAUGACCUAUUGACGAGUGCUGUGUCACAAAGAGUGGGGGACAACGGAACUGUGGUGCAGAUUUUUGAGCAAAAAUUGCCUCACACGAUGUAUUGCAAGUGGCUUGAUUUUAGUAAGCAGCAUAUGGAAACAGCCUUGAAAUAUUAUCCUAUUAAAUUUUUGGCUAAAUUAAGACCCAAUGUUGAAGAAGGCAACUGUGAUGGUAGUGAUUUAGCAAAUGAUGAAUCUACUGACCAGUCUCAAGAACUUGGGAAACGGAAAAGAGAUGCUAAACCUGUCAAUUUCGAAGAUUAUGUCACAGUCUACGAGCAGCUUAAAACGGGAAAUUUUGACAGUCUUGUCAUCUCAGCCUUCUAUGACCCUUUCCCAGUACUUGAAUUGUUGUGGGACUCGUUAAGAUUCUCUGGGAACUUGGUUAUUCACAGUGAAUACCUAUCUGUUGUCGUGGAGUGUGCCAACUUUGUGAACAACAAAGGCUGCUCAGAAUUAUCUGUUGUUGAUCAGUGGUUCAGGGAGAUCCAGGUGUUACCAGGAAGGACUCAUCCUGCUAUGAGGAUGCAGACAGGUGGUGGAUUCAUUUUGUCUUGCACUAAAAUACGUGAGGGAAUUUAUGAGCAUGGUAGUGAUUCACCUAUUCUUCCUGAACUCAAAGAAGCGCCUAAACCAGCUGAAGCUAUGACAUAAAGUUCUUACAUUUUUACUUUUAGAGUAUUUUAAUUUAUUUUACCUUUUUAUGGGAAUAUCACGUAUUUCAUGAUCUCUAUUCUAACUUAUCCAACAGUUCAGUGCAGCUAUGAGUUGAAACGAAGUAUUGUUUUAAU